CGUCCAGGACUGGCUGUCGCCUCCUGUAGUAGUCCGGGAUAUGGACGCUACACCGGCCCAGUCAAGGGUCUCCCUGACCGAGGUGUGCAACUCUAGCAUGCCUCGGUCUCAUCGUCCACCUCCUAGGCGCGCCGUCUAUUGGUGGUCAGAGGAGUUGGAGGAUCUUCGGGCCGCCUGUGUGGCGGUCAGGCGGGCGUAUACAAGAAGCCGGCGGCGGCGCAUUCGCGACCUCGACAACGAGGACCGCCUCUAUGCAGCCUACAUAGAUGCCAAGUCGACAUUGACAGCGCGAAUGGGUACAGCCCAGGAUCGUGCGAGGGCGGAGAUGCUUGAGGGUCUGGACAUAGAUCCCUUUGGGAGGCCCUACAAAGCGGCACGCAACAAACUGCGCCCGUACGGUCCCCCAGUUGCCGAGACCCUCGAGCCGUCGUUACUGGAUGGGGUUGUUCAGUCCCUGUUUCCGCGCAGGGACAACUUCACUCCACCAGUGAUGAGCGCCCCGCAGGGUGCGGCUCCAUCGGCCGAGGAAGGCCCGCCGGUUACGGAGGACGAGGUAGAGAAGGCAGUUUUCUGCCUCAGGGGGAAAAAGACGGCCCCAGGUCCGGACGGCGGCAGCGUCCCUGCAAAGGUGGUGGCCAUCGCCACUAGGGCGCCAAACUCCCCUCGUCCGAUGGCGAUAUUCGAGCUGCUGGACUACAUAGUGAACGAGCCGCCUCCCAAGCUGCCGGCCGGCAUCUUCUCCGACGACUUUAAGGACUUCGUGGAUCGCUGCCUCAAGAAGAACCCCGAUGAGAGGGCUGAUUUGAAGACGCUGAUGAACCACGAAUGGAUCCGCAAAGCGGACGCGGAGAAGGUGGACAUAGCGGGCUGGGUGUGCAAGACGAUGGACCUCAUGCCCUCCACGCCUAACUCUAACGUGUCUCCUUUUUCUUCAUAAGCUGCAAGAAGUGCAUACUUUCAUCAGCGAAAAAGGGUCAAAACAUUUCCCAAGAGAAAGCGGGCGACACUAUCGCUGAAGACGCUGGCGAUGAAGAAUAGCUGCCCUGAGACCACGCGAUGACAGAAACAGUGUGUCAACUCUAGAUACCAUUGUCCAGUACCAGAUUGAGCCACAGGCGAGCACUCCACUUCAUAGAGACGUGAUCUUACCUCCUUGAUUCAAACCUUCAUUUUCAAAUUAAUCACAUUACUUCACUUUAAACAUGGAAUAGACAACACAUGGAGUGGCUACAAAUGAUUCGAAUAAUUCGAUGAUAUCGAAAUGAUGUUAGAGAGAGGUUGGUAGGUAGCACUCCAUUUGCUUAACUAUUCCGUGGCAUUAACACAUCGUAGCUCGUUGUGGUCGAUACAGAUAUUAUUAUGCUGUACUGGAAGUUUAUUACUAUCUAGUGUUAUUAGAUAAAGUAGAUCAGAUUUAUUCUACAUAUCAGGGUCGUCACGUCUCAUAUCAAAUGUUUCAUUAACACAUUUAGUAAACUCUUCGGGAGGCAUCCUGUCAUCGAAUCGAAAAUUCAAAAUUAAUAAUUUAAUUUAUAGAAUUGGCUAAAAUUUAAGGUAAAAUCUGUAGGGAAUUAUUGAAAACAAUGUGUUACGCUAUCGCUAUGAAGCUGCUUGAGUAGUCGACGACACAGUCAGCCUACUAUCGACGUCACGAGUCGAUAUGGAAAUGUUAAAUCGAGAACAUAAUCGAAUUAGAGGUGUAACUGUUUCAUCGGCUAACAUCGAACGUGUUUGACUUUCCUUCUCAUAUACAGGCUAUAUGAUUACGAGAAAGUUGAUAAAUAAAGGUAAAUGUGUGUACUGUAACCAAUAGCACGGUGUCUGAUGAUAGAUAGGGAUAUAAUACUAAAACAUAGUGCAUUCGUGGACGAACUAAUCGAGGUUUUAUAACAAAAAAACGACAACUAAUCGAUAAAUGGUCAAGUAGAGUUGAUUUAACUAGUCGCAAGUCGAAAAAUGUUAGUAGUGUUUUGACAUAUUUUUCUUUGCUGAAAGUGCGUAAUUCAUGUCAGCUGGUACCUGUUGUUUGAAUAGAUUUCGGAGGCGUUUUACUCGACGCGUCCGGAGCGUUGGAAUACUCAAACGGCCGCGGACCGCGGGCGUGGGACUGUUCCAAAACUCAAAACUAUCAUCUUAUAAUCUGUAAAAUAGAAUGCAUUUUUUAGAGAUUACACGAAAGAUAAGAAAAAAAAAACGAAAAAAUAAAAAAUCGUAGGUAUGUUUUUUAUAUUAUUGACGUGAUGCACUUUUUCCGUUUGGUUUGUUGUGUUAUUUGCUUCGUUUUAGUAUGUCCGCCAUUUAUUUACCCGCCCUGUCCCGAGCACCUAGUGUAGAUAGGCACAGCUACUCACUAACGUAAUGUGUUCGCGUUGAAUGUGAACGAGUGAAUGAUCAUUCAUUCUAUUUGACGGUUUCAUUUUGAACACGAUUAUUCGUUGUAAUUAAGAUGUAGUUACACUAUUGAAUUUUGAAAGGCUCGAGUGCACGUUAAUGCCGGUUUGCCGCACUAUUUAUCAUUGAUUUUGAUGUCCCAGCGUACUACACAUCCCUCGCUUUGUGAUCGCUAUUAUUUGCCCGGUCUUCCCGUAGUAUUUAGAGUGUUACGUGAUUAUAAGAUUAUGUAUUGUGUGUUUCAGGGUUUGCGAAGUGUUUUGCCUUUAUAGUACCCAGCAUUUAAUAUUCUUUAUUAUUAUCAUUAGUUAGAUAAUUUGACGGUGCUUUUAUGUUAUCACUGUGUAUAAGUGAUUAUAUAAAAAAAAAGUAAAAAAAAAAAAUUUUUGUAUAAAUGGUCUACUUGUGAUUGAUAGGUAGGUUUUUAAUUAUUAUGUUUGUUUCCAAAAAAAGAAGGAUUUAAUCAUUUGUCUGUAGUCGUCGUGAUAGGUUAAGUUUGUCGUAUAAUUAUAAGUAUUGUAUUCCAAAAUUAUGUUACCUUGUAUUUAAAAUGUGAACGAAAUAGUGGCGAGACCUCAUUCUUAUAUGAAGUAAAGUCAAGUCAAUUACAUGCAUGCGUUCUGUAUACAACGCAGAUUCUCCUCUCGUGAAAUAGUGAAUAAUAAAUGUAUGCUGAAAUGUAGGAAUUACAUUUGUACUCCAUUUAGUUUGUUAAGUAAACAGUGGGGUCGUGUCGCUAUUGUGUUUAUUUAGGACUGAGGUUUCUCUUGAUGUAUUCAUAUUUUAUCCAACCUUUGUAUGGUGAAGUCACUUUAAAGUUUAGGUAUCUUCCAGUAUUACAUAUGAAAAGAUGUUUAAAUUUCGAAAAAUAAUAAAAAAAACUGCGAAAAUGUUUCAAACUGGACUGCGUUGUGAAAUAAUACAAUUACGAACAAAAAUAUAAUAAUCAAAGUCUUAAAUAAUUUGUAUUUUUUUAUUAUAUCAUAAAUGCCAGCAGACAGCAAUGGAAACACCAAUAUCGAUUGUAAUUAAGUGAUAUUUUUAGACUUAUCGAUUUGAUAGUUGUAUUUUUUUAUUUAUUUUAUUUGACAAAUCGCUUCUCGAACGAAGACGCUUUUAUAUAAUAUAGUCAUUUUAAACUUAUUAAUUAUUUUCGAGGCACAUUUUGAUGAGAGUACUCGUUUUAAAAUUAUAUCACAAUCGAUCUCUAAGGUCCAGCGUUCAUUUAGGCGACUGUCACGAAUAUCGAUUAAGUAUCGAUUUAGACUCGUUUUAAUCGAUUUUCUGACAUCACCUUUUGAAUGUCUGCUCGAUAUUGUCAUAUCGUGAAUCAAUCCGUGUAACUCCAGUUAUUUUAAUAAGCUUCUUCGUAAGAUACGUCUGUAGUUAGGUACUUAUGUACAAUUAAAUGUUAAUAAAAACUA